AUGAAGGGUGCUCCUCCCACCUCAGAUGAGGAGAAGAAGCCAAUUCCAGGAGCAAAGAAACUUCCAGGACCUGCGGUCAACCUAUCAGAGAUCCAGAAUAUUAAAAGUGAACUGAAAUAUGUCCCCAAAGCUGAACAGUAG